CACCUCACUCUCCACGGAACCAAGACUUCUCAAGACUAAGUUGGGAAGUGUGCGACAGCAGGUGGAUCUGCUGGAUGAGUGGGAGCGGGCGAGAGUCCCCCCAGUCCGACGGGCUGGGAGCGAGAGGGUCCUGCCCCUCCCUGCGGCCGAGGGGGCGGUCCCAAAGCUGCCGCCCGCAGCGCCUCGCGAUCCUCCUCCCGGCUCCUCUAGUCCAGCAGGAGCCCGGGUGCCGGUGGCUGGAGGCACCGGAGGAUGUGCGGCUGGUCGCUGCUCCUUCUCCUAGGGGGCUUGCUCCCCGGAGCUGCGACAGCUGCGGGUUCGGGACAGACCUACCCUCAUCGCACCCUCCUGGACUCGGAGGGCAAAUACUGGUUGAAUUGGGGCCAGCGCGGCGGGCGGCUCGCCUUCCGCCUCGAGGUGCGCACCGCCGGCUACGUGGGCUUCGGCUUCUCGCCCACCGGCGCCAUGGACUCAGCAGACAUCGUGGUGGGCGGCGUGGCCCGCGGCCGGCCCUAUCUCCAGGAUUAUUUUACAAAUGCAAGUAGACAGUUGAUAAAAGACCCACAGCAAGAUUAUCACCUAGAAUACGCCAUGGAAAAUAGUACCCACACAAUAAUUGAAUUUACCAGAGAACUACAUACUUGUGACACAAAUGACAGGAGUAUAACGGAGAGUACUGUGAGAGUGAUCUGGGCCUACCACCAUAAUGAUGUGGAAGAAGCUGGUCCUAUGUACCACAACUCCAAUCGUGGCACCAAGAGUCUGCGGUUGCUAAACCCAGAAAAAGCCAACAUUUUGGUGACAAGCACACCAUAUUUUGAUCUGGUCAAUGAACACGUCCCUAUCCCAAACAAAGGUACAACAUAUUGGUGCCAGAUGUUUAAGAUUCCCGUGUUCCAGGAAAAGCAUCAUGUAAUAAAGGUUGAACCCGUGAUACAGAGGGGCCAUGAGAGUCUGGUUCAUCACAUCCUGCUCUAUCAGUGCAGCAGCAGCUUUAAUGAUAGUGUCCUAGACUACGGCCAUGAAUGCUACCACCCUAAUAUGCCUGAUGCGUUCCUUACCUGUGAGACUGUUAUCUUUGCCUGGGCCAUUGGUGGAGAGGGUUUUUCCUACCCACCUCAUGUUGGGUUAUCUCUUGGCACACUACUAGAUCCUCGUUAUGUUCUCCUGGAAGUGCAUUAUGACAAUCCGACAAGUCAGGAAGGUUUAAUAGAUAAUUCUGGACUGAGGCUAUUUCAUACAACAGAGAUAAGGAAAUAUGAUGCAGGAGUGAUUGAGGCUGGCCUUUGGGUAAGCCUCUUUCAUACCAUCCCUCCAGGGAUGCCUGAGUUCCUGUCUGAGGGUCACUGCACUCUGGAAUGCUUAAAAGAGGCUCUGGAAGCUGAAAAACCCAGUGGAAUCUACGUGUUUGCUGUGCUUCUUCAUGCUCACCUGGCUGGCAGAGGCAUCCGACUGCGUCAUUUUCGCAAAGGAAAGGAAAUGAGAUUACUUGCUUAUGAUGAUGAUUUCGACUUCAACUUUCAGGAGUUUCAAUAUCUAAAGGAAGAACAAACAAUCUUACCAGAAGAUAAUCUAAUUACUGAGUGUCGCUACAGCACAAAAGAUAGAACCCGGAUGACUUGGGGAGGACUAAGCACGAGGAAUGAAAUGUGUCUUUCAUAUCUUCUUUAUUACCCAAGAAUUAAUCUUACUCGCUGUGCAAGUAUCCCGGAUAUAAUGGAACAACUUCAGUUCAUAGGUGUUAAGGAGAUCUAUAGGCCAGUCACAACUUGGCCUUUCAUUAUCAAAAGCCCCAAGCAGUAUAAAAACCUUUCUUUCAUGGAUGCAAUGAAUAAAUAUAAAUGGACUAAAAAGGAAGGUGUCUCCUUCAAUAAGCUCGUACUUAGUUUGCCUGUAAAUGUGAGAUGCUCCAAGACAGAGAAUGCAGAGUGGUCGAUUCAAGGGAUGACAGCAUCACUUCCGGAUAUACAGAGACCUUAUAAAGCAGAGCCAUUGGUGUGUGCAGUCUCUACGUCAUCUUCUCUGCAUGAACAUUUCUCUCUCAAGCUGCUUGUGUGUUUUAUGGUACUCUGUUUCACGCACUUAUGAUCAUAAUCUUCUCUGCUUGGUGAUGGUGUUUCCUGUGAUCCAAAUCUGUCAUUUAAUGUGCAAGUGAAAGACGCUUUCACCUUAAAGCUAGAGCAUAAGAACUUUGUUUAAACACGGACAUCUUUCCUUUUCCUUUCCUCUCAGCCUACGUGAGAGAGGUCAUUCAGGUUUUCAUUUUCUCAGAAAUGCAGUGUGUUGAAGAUUAAUGAAACAAAGCUGACCUGACUGAAUAUAUCUACUUUUUCACUGGACAAAGUCAAUUGGAAGUAAAAUAAUUAAUUCCAUUAUUCCAUAUCCCACCUCUUUACUUCAAUAUGUAUUAUAAUUAUUCUUCAUUUUAAUUCUAUGUUUCUAUUCUUUUUAGAAAAUGCUUUCAUCUUUACAAGAGAAGCACUUUCUAAGUUUUCUUCUUUUUUAUUGUAUUUUUUUAGGUGGUAUUUCCCAAGUGUGAGUGUCUUCCUUCCUAUCUUUCAUUGCUAUCCCAUUCUAUCCUUUGCUGAGAAUUACCUACUGGACCCUUACAGCAAUGUUUUUAAAUGACGCCCAUUCUAGUCUCCUCGUACAUGCGUAUUUGUAAUUCCAGACUUCCCUUACCUCUCGUCUAAGUACUCUUUAAAAAAAAAUUUUUUUUUUGCAUUACUCAACUCUGGGUCUUUUUUCCCUUACUCUAUUCAGAUUAAAAAUUUAGAGAGAGGCUUGUGAAACAGAUAUGCUAUAGAAUUGAUUGCAGACUCAGAAGGAAAUGUAACUGGCUGCAGGUCUCAUGCUGUGAGGGAUUCUAGGAGAAAAGCCAUGUGGUCUGAACCAGCAGAGUGUAUGAAGUCUGUAAAAGUCUCACUAACUGUAUUGGAUGUCACAAGUGCUGUGUACUGAUUCAAUAUGAGUCUAAGUUGCCAGUGUAGAUUUAUUUUUAUAUUUGUUGAUAAACUAGUUUCCAAAAUAAAAUCAUCACCAAUUGAAAAUAUUAUCACUUUUUUAGUUCUCUUUGUGUAGUUAUAUCUUAUUUUAUUUUUCAGGGUUUUUUUUUUCCUCUUUUCUUAAACUCAAUUAUGUGGAUCUCAUGAAUAAACUAAGUAAAACUAA